GACAUCAGAGAUUGUCCUGGACCUCAGUCUUCACUCAUGGAGCUCAACUCUCAAAUCAAAGAGAAAUUCAGUAAGCUGAGGCUCAGGAUACAGGAUCUGGAGCAGAUGGCUAAAGAGCAAGACAGAGAGACAGACAGACUAGCUAUUCAAGCAGAGACAGAGAGCCAGCGACGACAAUUGAUGAGUAAUCAGACUGCGUGGAGAAAAGCCAAUUUGGCUUGUAAACUUGCCAUAGACAACAUGGAGAAAGAUGAGCUGCUGCAUGCUGGAGAAAACCAGAACACCAGGCAAAGAAAAGUAACUAAAGAAAGGUUGGUGGAAACGAGCAGCAACAUUACAGAGAGUCUGAUGUCCAUCAGCAGAAUGAUGGCUGAACAGGUGAAGCAGAGUGAAGACACCAUUGGCAGCCUUGCCACCUCUUCAAGAACGGUUCAGGAAACCAACGAGGAAUUUAAAAGCAUGACGGGAACCAUCCAUCUGGGCAGGAAGCUGAUCCUGAAGUACAACCGACGCGAGCUGACAGACAAGCUACUGAUUUUUCUCGCGCUGGCUCUGUUCUUCGCCACUGUUCUCUACAUCCUCAAGAAGCGCCUUUUCCCCUUCAUUUAAAGAACAUUUCUAACUCAAAUUGAGUUAAAAAAAAUGAUUUUCUGGAACCGUGGGGUAGAAGCUUCAGGUUUAAAACGCAAUAAGAUGGUUUGGAAUCAGCAUACACAACAAUCCUUACUCUCUAACGAAAGGAAUGAAGUGACUAACGCUCCUCACUGCCUGAUUAGAAUCAUUUGUACUAACUGGAAUACUAAUCCAUGCACUCUUCUGUCAUUCAGGCUUUAGAAAUUAAACAAAAAAAAAUUCCAGAGACAGUAGGGAACUUUCAAGCACAAUAAACUGAUUCUAAAAUGUUUACUGAAUGUUUUAAAGCUACCGAGUCACUUUUGUGCUUUUAUUUUGAAAGUGUCCUUGAGACAGAAAUCUUGAGCUGCUUCUUAAUGUUACAAAUGUCAUUAUAUCGUCAGUCAGCCAUAAAGUGUUUUCUGGUUCUCUCCAGUCUCUGAGAUGUUCUUCUGUGAUGUUCCUUUUGCUCUCAGGUCUUUUCUGUGACUUCGGAGGAGCAAAACGUGACCUUUUCUAGAAGCUCUGGUUAAAAAAAAUCAAUAUAACUAUUUAUUGUAAUUAAAGGUUUUCAUGUAAGGAUUCUGAAAUUGAUCUGAAAUCUAAAAUAAUAAAAGAAAAAUUAAAACAUCCAUCUGAUGAUUUAUUUCUUUUGGGUUUUGGCUUCAACCUUGAAAAUUUCUGCUUUAACUCAAACUUAUGCAAGUGCUAAAAAAAAAAACUUUUGUUUGUAAAGUCAAUUUUAAAAACAAUUUCUGAAAGAAAAUGUGAUUAUUUCAAUGCAGUGGUAUUUAAUCAUUGUGUUUCUGUUAAAUCACUUGAAUUUAAAUCAACUGUUAGUGAGGUUUAAAUAAAGUGAUUUUUCUGACAUUUUAAUACAUAUUUCUGGUUCUCUUCAUGAAAACACCACAAAACAUUUAUUUAUGCAAAUUAUUUACUCUCAUAGUCACUCUGAGAAAUUUGGGAGACUCCGCUUGGACGUGAGGAUAUGUAGUACGGUAUAUGGGAAUUUGUCCAGUACGAUCCUCCUCAUCUGAAACAGCAUUGGCAACAUUAAAAUUACAGCAGCCCAUCUUUUAACCAAAAACAUCCUAAAGGAUUAAAGGAUAUUCAAAUGACAAAAAAAAA